AAAUGUUUAAUUUUUGCACAACUCGCGGUCAAUUGCAGUUGGUUGCACUAGUCAUUAAAUUUUUUCGUUCAAUACGUUCCAUGAAAUGUUCUUCAGAUCGCUUCGUAAAUGGUGGGCUCAGUAUAUGGAGAGCAACAGUGAAAUGGAUGUGGCGUUGAAAUAUUACGAAGCUGCCAAUGACAUCUUAUCUCUUGUCAGAGUUUAUUGCUUUUGUGGAAAUAUCGAGAAGGUAACUUGGUUUUCAUCGUACUCUUCUAUUUAUUGCACUAACCAAAUCUAGCUCAUAUUCAAAAAUGAAUAAGUAUUACUGCUAUAGUCUCGAGUAUAAUUGGGGGGGGGGACCUUGCACGAGUGAGUCCGAAAACAAAAAAAAUAUUAUAUACCAUUUACCGGAUUAAGUAUGCCCUCAACCAUCUUAAUCAGUCGAAAGCAACGGGGGCUGAUGGUGUACUACCCUGGGUGCCAGAGUCUCUUGUGAUAGAAGUGAGGACACGACGAAGAGGCUCUGGUCACAUGAGCAUCCAGCCUCACUUUGGUGAGUUCAAUAUUUGAACUCUGUUUGUGAUUGGUCUAAAUUUAUGUGAGCCUUUUCAUUGGUUAACCGAUGAGCGUCGGAAAUAUUUUUUUCCCGAAAAUAUUUUUUUUCAGUAAGGACCUCCCAGCCGGUAAAUAACAUAUCUAUUUAGUGUUCAAAACGAGACCAACAAUGGGGGACGUUGGACCAACAUAUUGGCGUCAUUUGAACGGACCUUUAUGAAAUUGAUAUAACGACUGUUUAAAUUGUUGUAAUUUGUCAAGGUGUGGACGUACUUAAUUUCUUAAAGGUGUUUAUUUUCCAUUCUAGGCAGCUGAAAUUUGCAACGAGACAGGAGAUAGGGCGGCAAGUUAUCAUUUAGCCAGACAGUUUGAAAACCAGGUAUCUUCGUAUCAUCGUUUUAUUAUAUGUUUAUGUUAGGCUCCAGUUACACGAUAUCGGAUUAGGUUAUCAUGACCGAGGUCACGACAAUCGACAUCAAAUUUUACGAUUUUAGAAGUGUCUCUCAACACUUAAAAUUGUGAUAAUAGAGAGUUGUAGCAGCGGCGAGUACGAGUAUAGGAGAUUCGUCACUUUUUUGCGAAACUUACUGAAAAUUAAAGUCGUCGCCGUCACUACGGACACCUAAUUGAUAUAACAACAAAGUUUAUGCUUGUGAUGUUACUCUGAGUGUGUAUCCACACCGGGCAAACUUGAAAAUUAUGCCUGGCCACGGUGGGAAUCGAACCUACGACCUUUGGAAUACUAGCCCAAAGCUUUGCCAACUGAGCUACGCGGUCAGGUCGGUUCGAGCAUGUGAUAUUUCGGAACUGAGUCUAGUUCCUUCGAUAUAUCAAUGCAGUACUCGAACCGACCUGACCGCGUAGCUCAGUUGACAGAGCAUUGGGCUAGCAUUCCAAAGGUCGUAGGUUCGAUUCCCACCGUGGCCAGGCAUAUUUUUCAAGUCUGCCCGGUGUGGAUAUACACUCAGAGUAACAUCACAAGCACAUAUUUACCUGAAUACAUUACACCAACACAGAAAAAAACAAAGUUGAUGUUCGCGGGCAUAAAAAUGUUUUUGACCUGACUCGAACUCAAUUUUAGCUCGAGCUAAAAUGAGUUCUGAGCAGGGCCAAAAACAAAGUUCGUUAAAAUUAGUUCUGAGCAGGGCCAAAAACAUAUUUAUACCCACGAACAUUAACUGUAUUACUUACUAUUAUAAUAACUUUAGAAGGCGAUUACAGUAUAAACGAUAAGAACUAAACAGCAAAUAGUGGAAUAAUUGCAAUGCCGCGUCUUCACGCUAGGCAUGGUUAUUUCGUUGUAUUAACUACAAACUCAGUUUAUGUACGGAGAAAAAUAAACUAAACCUUUCUCAAAAGACAAAAAGAAGAAUGAAAAAGAAUUUAUGAAGUAAUAGUUUGGUACAAAAAAGCUAGAGGAAAACUAACACUAACUAUACUUCAAAAACUCAUUAAUAAUUCAUGAAGCAAUUAUCCAAUCUUGAGUAAGAAAUUAGUCACGUGCAUACGUCUUUAUACCAGCUAAAGAACACUUUAACAAAAGACCAUUGUUAUGCAAACUAUAUGAAGAUUUUUAUAUAAAGAUUUUUAUAUACAGAUUUUUAUAUAAAGAUUUUUAUAUAAAGAUUUGACUUAUUAUGCAAACGUUUUUGAAGCCGUUCAAUAAACUCGCAGAUCGUGUUUUAUUAGGUCUAAAGCCACUCGCGCUGCGCGCUCGUGGCUUUAAACCUAAUAAAACACUCCUGCUCGUUUAUUAAACAGUACAUAAAGGUCAAUCUCCAUACACCUCCAUCUCAGAUUUGAUAAUCAACUCCCAAGGUGUAGCCAAGUAACUAUCUGAACUUAACCCCAGUAAGGCCUGUGGUCCUGAUGAAAUCCCAGCUAGAAUCCUUAAAGAACUAUCUCCAUCAAUUUCGCACUGGCUUUGUUUCAUUUUCCAACAAUCCUAUGAUUCUGGUACACUUCCACCUGGUGUACUGGUCAAAGGUCCUUGUUUCUGCUGUUUUUAAAAAGGACUUAAAAUCCAACCCAGCCAACUACCGUCCAAUCUCUCUGACGUGUCUGUGUUGCAAAGUCAUGGAACAUAUCAUUCUUAGCCAUGUUUCAAAGCACUUAGCAUAUCAUGAUAUUCUAAUUAAUGAACAGCACGGAUUUUGCAAACUAUUUUCCUGUGAGACUCAACUAAUUACGGCAAUCAACGAUUGGGCAAAAAGUAUCAACCAGAAGAAAGAAACCGAUGUGAUUCAGUAAAGCCUUUGAUUCUGUUCCCCAUCUUCGUCUGCAUAAUGUCCAAAUUAGACCAAUAUGGUAUUAGAGGACUUUCCGCCAAUUGGAUCAAGGCUUUUCUUUCCAACCGCUCUCAAGUUGUCUCGGUUAAUGGCUCCCACUCUCAUCCUAAACCUGUCAUAUCUGGAGUACCUCAAGGAACAAUUCUCGCACCUGUCUUAUUUCUUCUCUAUAUAAACGAUAUUUCUGAGAAUAUUAAAUCCCAAAUUCGCUUGUUUGCUGACGAUGGAAUCAUUUAUAGAGAAAUUAAGAACGAUCAGGACCACCUCGCGUUACAAGAGGAUUUAGACAAUCUAAAUAAUUGGGCUAACAAGUGGCAACUAAAUUUCAAUUUCUCAAAAUGGUACCACCUAGGAAUUACAAAUAAACGCGUCCCUGAAACAUAUAGUUAUAUGAUGAAUAAUCAAACAAUUAGCAGAGUAUCUUCUAUCAAAUACCUGGGCAUUACUAUAAACCACAACAUGAACUGGAACAAUCAUUGUGACAUCAUGUGUAGUAAGGCAAAUAGCACUCUUGGCUUACUUAGAAGAAUCCUUGGUGAAUGUAGCGCUGCUGUUAAGUCAAGGGCGUAUACUAGUCUUGUCCGUCCACAACUUGAGUAUGCUUCUACAGUCUGCAACCCUUACACCAAGAGGAACAUCAACAAGAUCGAAAUGGUUCCACGCAGAGCUGCUAGAUUUGUCUUCAAUGACUAUUCCAGAGCUAGCCACGUCUCUCCAAUGAUCGACCACCUGGGGUGGCACAAUCUCCAACAACGGCGACUGCUACACCAAGCCACUAUGUUCUACAAGAUCCAUCAACGCCUUGUUGGAAUCAAUCUUCUUGAUGACGUGUGUCCCUUGAUUAGAGCAUCCAGGCUGCCUAAUAUCACCGCCAAAUUCUGUCGUGUGUCAAU